AUGUCUUUCCUUCAUGGUGUUCUUGAGAGUGUGAAGGAUGAUGAUAGCGUUACAACAUAUGAUAAUAAUGAGCUUAAUAAUAUUAAUACAGUUAUUACCAAUUUACAUAAUGUAGGUAAAGGCCGUGAGGCCUUCCGUGAAGGCGUGGCUAAGGUAAGUGAGUGGUUGAAAAAACAUGGUGAGCAGGUGGAGGGGAAGACUAAAAAGGUAAGUGAACGUGUACAUAGAUUAUUAUCAUUGAUUUGCAGGCACUCGAAGACGGCGGAGGACAAGAAAGGUGACAAGCUCCAAGACCAGUUGGAGUCAUGGAGCUCCACACUUAAUACACUUGAUAAGCACAUUAGUGACACUGAGAAACAGCACAUUAAUUUAUUAGAUAGCACAUUAAAAACUAACAUAAUGCAUGAAAUAGAGCCUGUUAAGGCGACGUUGGCCGUGCUGAAGGACUCAGCGGUGAACGGGUUUUUCCAGCGGCAGGUGGCAUAUGUCGAUAAGACAUUGGUGGAGGAAAAAGACGGCCUGCUGGAAAAAGUAAGAGAGGAGAGCGAUAAACUUCAGAAGACGUUAGAUAGCAAGCUCGGUGAGAUAUAUGAUAAAAUAUGUGAAAUUGGAAAUGAGCGCACUAAGCAGCUGGUACCGCUGUUGGGAUUGGUCGAGCAGUUGGUUGACACUGUUGGACAGGCUGAUGUAGCGGCAAAAGCAUUGGUGAGUGAAUAUCAGAGUAAAAUUGUUGAUCAGUUGGGUACAAUAAAUGAACAAACCGAUGCGCUAAGCACGGCUGAAAUUGAUACUGGAAUCCAACAGAUAGUCUACCGAGUUAGUGAACAGUUGGAUAUACUUGCAACAAAGUUGCCAGAGCUGCAGAGCACACAUAGAGAGGUUGAAGGUCAGGUUGACAGGGGUUUGGAAAAUAUUAGGAGUCAGUUGCAGCAGCAGAUUUCUGCGCUUAAGGAUGAAAUUAAGAAGAACGUCAAGGAAUAUUUUACAGACUAUGUCAGGAAAGUUCGGCAGCAGGUGAGGGAUAUUGGAGAUAAGGUUGGUGAGCGUUCCACAAUCGGCACAGGGGACAGCGUAUAUUACAAUUGGCAUCAGCUUCAACAGCAGGUUACAAGGCUUGUUGGAGACAUUAAUGGUAAAUCAGGGGAAACGGGAAAACCAAAUUACAAAGGUCUCAAGGGAAUUAAGCAGAGAGUGCUGGCUUAUGCGAUGAAGUUCAAGGAGGGGCAGGAUGGGUUUGAGAAAUUAAUUGAGCAGUGGAUUGAGGAUAUUUGGGGGAAUAAUAGUGAGGUGAGAUAUUGGCUUGUAGAGUAUGUUAAUGUCGACGGCAAUAAGGGUAAGGUAGAUGGUGCGUAUAUACCUGCGAGCAUCGAUGGAAUGAAGCUGGAAAAGGCGGAGACAAUAGCAGGUAUAAUUAAGGGGCAAAUUAAAAGCGUACUUGAUGCAUCUGGUGCAAAGGCUGCAAGUGCCAUCGAACACAAUGGCAUUACCGAGAAUGUAAAUUACGUCAGGGGCAUUUGUGGGACAUUUGCCCAAAAACUAGGUGAGGAACUUGAGAAGAGCAUAACGAAACGAAAUAUUAAUAUUGGCCAGCUUGCCAAGACAAUUAAUGCCAAAGUUAAAAAAGGAGGCGAAGAGCCCAAAUACACUCUUAAUCUACAGAGAGCCGUCUACGCAACGCUCACGGCACUGCAAGCCAAAGCCAGACAGACGGCCAAUGUGCUUAAAUCUUUCAGCACUGCGAAAGACGAUUCGAAGACUAUAACUUUCAACUUUGGCUUCAACUUGGAGGCAGCUAUUAAAAAUGUGGCCUCAAUAGAAACAAGGUUUGGCAACAGUGUCGGCAGCGAUGAUCAACCAGGUAGGAAAAUCACUGAGGCGUUACAACUGGUUACAACAAAAAUCGAGCAGCUUCAAAAUAAUCUCGGAACGGCAGCUACACCUUCCGCUGCUAUAUCCGAGCCUCUCAAAGUUAACGUUACCGACAGUGUUGAAAAAAGAAUUGACGAAAAAAUCGCCGCGCAAGAGGUCAAUAAACAACUCGGUGAACUCCUAAAAGAAGCAGUAAUCAAUGGCAUUGGUAGGCUUAAUGUUAGAGUGACAAAGAUUCAUAGCCAACUUAAAGGUGUUGAGCCUGCAAUUCAGACGCAUAUUGAUAAGUUAAACAAGAAACCAGUUGCCUCGUCAGAUAAUAUUCCAGCGCAAAUAUAUGUACUUCAGCAGAAGAUUAGCCAACUCACAGCGUUAGUUUCCAAUACGAAGGUACAGGCAGAAGGCGGUAUAAAAGGACAGGUGACAUCUGUUCAAAGACGCGUUGCCGAUAUUCUGGUGGACGUUAAUAAGAUCAAAGACGAUAUAAUAGCCUUUAAUUCAUCUCUUCAACAGUCCAUCCAAGAAGCCAAAUCAACUCAUCAACAAUGCAAGGAAGCAUUGACUCAAGCAAUAACAUCGCUUCACGAUGAACUCACGAAAACCGUAAAGGAAAUCUUUCAAAAACUCACCCACCAAGUGCAGGCCAUGUUCGCAAAUGACAAGGUUGCCCAGCUGGCGGCGUUGACAACCUUAGUGACCAGCAAGAAAUCUAUAAUAGAAGAUAUUAUUAAGAAAGAUAAGGAGAGCGGCAUAAAGGGAUUGCUGAAUAAGAUGAAUACUAGCCAUACAAUCGUUGCGCCAAUAGAGGAUGAAAAGGAAUUGAGAGACGCAGCUCAGCGUUUGAAUGCAUGGUACAAAACGUUCUGGACAUACGUAUCUGGCCAGAUUGCCAACCAUCCAUCCAAGGACAAAGCGUCAAAAGUCAACGAAGCGUUAACUGACUUACUCCAGAAAAUGAUAAAAGAAAACCAUUUCAGCCAUGAAGUCUCUGAAAAUAUCAAACAAGCCGCCCAGGCCGCUGAAACCUUCACACCCUCCAAGUUCACUGAUGACGCCAAUCCACUGUUACAGGUAUUGAAGGAGAGUGUGAAAGGAUUUACAAGCCAAGUUAACAUGGCGUACGUCUCCAAGUAUUCGGGACAGAGUGUGGCGUGGGACAUAUUAAAACCGGAGGACAGAGACAUGUAUGCACAAGCUUUUCUCAGCUGCGUUCCCAUGCUGAACCGCGACCUCUGGGAGCUCAAAUAUCAGUGUAAUCAUGAUUGGAAAUACGACAAGAUAAAUUCAAUCACGAAACUCGGUGAUUUCUUCCAGUCGUCUGGCUUCGAGGUUUCCAAAUUGGCUACUUCCCAGGACGGUGUAUUGCGAAACCAUGAAGAUAAACGAGGCUACCAAUGUAUAUACGGUAUAAAUAAGUUAUUCCCCAUCAAAGACUCCGAUAUUCUUAGAACUCUUUUCAAGAAUCUCCAGCGUUAUUACGCCGUAUGCCACCAUAAACUCCCUUCAUCACCUAAACAUCCUAGUUCAGUUAGAGACAUGUUAGCAUGGACGGCGGGGCUUCCAUACACUGGCGUGUUCCGUAAGAUUGAAGAGCACUGUGACAAGUUGCUUGAUUUGAAAGACAGCUAUGGUAUCCCCAAUAAGGACUAUCCGGUCAUGAGAGAAUGCAUUGGUGGCCUGUAUUCUAAUAUUGAAGCAACAUGCUCACUGUCCGCUUCCCUCCUAGUUGCAAUCUGUGGCAACGGACGUGGCGCAGUGAACGCAGAUUACCCGUACAGCGUCCACUUCUCUAAUAACCAUCAUAAUUUCCACUAUCCCUCAGAUGCCGCCUCACUGCUAUCAAUGUUCUAUGACAUAGUAAGACGUGCGAUGGCCUUGCAGGCUUCUUACCGCAUGAUGUAA